AUGAGUGAUUUAAUCUCUAAAGCUGAAUAUUAUAUGCCCAAUAUAAAUUCUCAUCUUCUUGAAUAAAGAGAACUAAACAAAAAUGUUUUAUUAGAUGGAACAAUAAAAUCUAAAUCAUAGCAUAAAAGAUAAUAAAUAAAUUCAACAUCAUCAAAUUAAUCUCUCCCAUUAACAGGCAAUUAAUUAUAAUAUUAUUUAGGAUAAGGUUAUCAAUCAAAAGAUAAUUUAUCAAUCUAACGAUCUAGUUAAAUAAAUAAAAAUAUUGAAUAAAAAGAAUUUUAGAAUGAUAUGAUUAACAUUAAUUAGUUAAUAUAAUAAAAAAAGAAAGAAAUGAAAAUUGAAAAUUAAUAUUUUCUCAAAGAAAUCAGUAGAAUUAGAUGUAAUUAACUUUUUCUUUUCUAGAAAACUUCGAAAUGAAAACAAAGAUUAGGAAUAGAAUUCAAAAUGACAGAAAAUCUACUACUUCAUCGUAAGAUAAAUAUGAAAAGUGUUGGGAUUAAACUUUAAAAGAAAUGAAUGAAGAUUUUAAAGAUUUUGAUUUAUUUGUUGAUUCAUCAUAAAUAAAUGAUGAGGAGUAAAUUAAAAGAAUUAAGAGACCAAAAAAUCUAAGGAGUCAAGUAAUAUUAUCUUUUUUACUGUCUAGAUAUUUUCUAAAAUUAGAGAACAAGAAGAUUAGUAUUUUAAAGAAUGUUCUAAAUCUAUUAUCAAAUUAAUGAAAUAAAGAUCAAUAAAAGUUGUAGAUGAAGUUACUACUCAAAUAGAAUAAGUAUAAUUAUUAAAAAAAGAAUAAUAAUAUUAAAGAUCAAAAGAAAGAGAAGAAGGUAAAUAAGAAAUAAUCAAAUCUUUGAGAUCAAAAGAAUAAGGAAGAUUACUUAAAUUAUUCUAAAUUAAAUAGUCAAAUCUUCAUUAACAAUAAUCUAAAUAAAUCAUUGAAAAAUCUGAUGUAGAAGUCAAUUCAUUUUAAAAAAAUACUAAAUAAAGAUCUAAAAGUCUUAAUUCUACUCUCCCUAUUAUUGAUUUUAAAUAAGAUAAAGGAUUAAUUUAAACUCAAAUUUAAGUAUAAAAUUAAAACAUUUCUAAAUUUAAUGGGAAAUCUUAGCUUAAUAGAUUAAAUCUGAUUGAAAAUUAGAAUUUGUAGAAAUAACUUUAAUGUUCAUGA